CAGUCCUGAUCCAGUACAGCCUGAGACUCCGCUCCAGGUUUUAGUGCCGCCUGUUUUUUAAAAACCACCUCUACUUGGGAGCAGUGGAAAACACAGAGGCAUUAGGGGCAGCAGAUGACCCGGCGCUGCAGCCAGGAGCACAACAGUCCUCUCUAACAAAUGAAAGGAUGGGGGGCAUCAGCAGCAGCAGCAGCUGAACUCAGAGAACCUGGAUCAGGGGCCGAGGGGAGAGAACCGCUUCCUGCUCACUCUUGGGACACUUCUGUUGGAUUUAUUCCCCGGUCCACACCAACAUGCCAUUUGCCAAACGAGUCGUGGAACCUCAGUUACUGUGCAGGCAUCAAAUCCCAAACGAGGACGCUGUGCUUUUCGAGGAUCUGGUCUCCAUCAGUAAUGUGGCUCUGUCCCGGACCCUGCGGCAGCUGUCGGACCUGGCCAAACAUGCCUGUUCCAUAUUCCAGGAGCUGGAGACGGAGCUCACCUCCACUAACCUGCGGGUCCGAGGGCUGCAGAGCAAGAUCAGCCAACUCCAGCAGGGCUGCUCCGAGCUGGACCCCAAACAGGAGGCAGUGCCGGUGUCCAACCUGGAUGUGGAGAGUAAGCUGACAGCACAUUACCAAGCUCCCUGGCACCAGCAGAGGAACGUUUUCCACCCCUCCACACGGCCAGCAUGUGUUGUAGACCUCCACAGGCAAGCCAACCUCAGCCUGUGGGCCGCGCACCGAGAUCACCAGAGGAGACGAUCCGGCAGCAGGGAGCAGAGAGUGACCAUCUCGAUCUCUGCGAUGCCCCCCAUGCCCAUGUACCCUUCCCCACACAUCGUCCAAAGGAACGACAAGAGAGGCCAAAGUUUGACAACGUUUGAAUCCACCCGCUCCUCCUCCCCUACCGAAUGUUGCCACUUCUCUCCCUGGAGCAGAAAGGCUGCGCCCUCUGACCCUGACACUGACGGGGUGGCUUUAGGUCACCGGCCUAAGUUUCCCAUCCCUAACAUCCCCUCCACCCUGGACAAGCAGACUAACUGGUCUAAAGCCCUGCCGCUGCCCACCCCAGAGGAAAGAAUGAAAACCAAUUCACAAGUCAUCACCUCAUGCGUCAUCCCCAUUAAUGUGACUGGCGUUGGCUUUGACAGAGAUGCUAGUGUGCGCUGCUCGCUCGUUCACUCGCAGUCUGUGCUUCAGAGGAGGAGGAAGCUGAGGAGACGGAGGACUGUCGCCGGUGUUCCCCGACAGGUGCAGCAAGAUUUAGACUCUGAUGACUCUCCUGGUUCCAGAGAGCGGACUGUGAUAGUUCAUGCCAGUCCCAACAUCACUCCCUCCAACGAGGAGCUGGCCAGCCAUCUCAGCACCAGAGACUCAGGUUGCCAGACAGAAGACUUUUUGAUCUCAGGAGCGCCGUCUCGGAGGAGGAUCAGGGCCCAGAGAGGCCAGGGAGUCUCCCUCUCCCUCUCCCACUCUGCAGGCAACAUCUUGUGCCUGCCAGACAGCGCUGACGCCAUGUUCUCCGCCUCUGUGGGUGCACGCCUGCGCUCCCGGAGUCUGCCCAGAGACGGGAGCCGGAUGAUAGACAACGGGCAUCAUGACAGCGACGACGAUGAGGAGGAGCUCUCCCCCUUUAAUGCUGAGGACUUCCUGCCGGGACCUGGAGAGUUGAUUCUGAAGGAUGAAGAAGAGAGCACGGAUGAUCAGGCCAUGUCUGAACGCCAGCUGGGCCUCAAGUACACGCAGCUGUCAGAGAGUCCGGAGCGCAGCUGGAUGGAGAGGACCAGAUCCCAACUGCCCAGGAAGGCCGACAUGGGCAGUUGUGAGAUCUCAUCCAGCUCGGACACCUUCAGUAGCCCCGUCCAUUCUGUCUCAGCUGCGGGGGUGCUGGGAGGACAAAUGGACCAUAAGGAGGACCACCAGUCCUCGAGUGGGAACUGGAGCGGGAGCAGCUCCACCUGCCCCUCACAGACCUCAGAGACAAUCCCCCCAGCAGCCUCUCCACCUCUGACGGGCUCCUCACACUGUGACUCUGAGCUCUCCCUCAACGCCGCCACUCACGCCAACGAUGACCAGACUAGCUUCAUGCUGGACCACUACCAGGGUCUCAGGACCCAGCGGGCGGGCUCCUUCUCCUCCACAGCUAUGGACAUAUUAGAGGAAGCAGGGUCCAGCACUCCCAUUGAGGGGGAGUGGAGUUACCCCCACUCUGACCCUGCACGCUCACAGGACUUCAGCCCUGAGCCGAGCAGAGAGGCUGAGAGCAGCCUGGGCUGCCCCAGCUUCACCAGCAUGGCCACCUGCGAGAGCAGCUACUCUGACAAACCUCCGUCGGAGAAAGCCGACACCGUCUCACACUACUCCGUAGACACUGAAGGCUACUACACCUCAAUGCACUUUGACUGUGGUAUAAAAGGUAGCAAAAGCUUCACUUAUAACUAUGCAGCCUCGGGCUCUGAUUGCGGCCUGUCUGACUCAAGUGGUCACAUGACUCUGGGGAGGCGCUGCCUCUCUUUAAGAAAACCAAAGGCGAAGCCAUGUCCGCCUAGGAGGAGUUCAUCCUUAAGAAAAAUAUGCAGUGAGGGAAACAUCCCUGACAAUAAAGAACCAAAGAUUUCGUGCGGGCAGCAACUUCCACUGUCUUCCAAGGAUAGGAAACUGCAGCUGGUUUUAUCCAGCUCUCAAAGUCAUAUAGAAAACUCUUCACUAGUCAGAGAGCCCCUUGUGGUGUGGGGGGAGUCAGCUGAUCUACCUGACUUAGGCGUGUUUAGCUCCACAGAUGCACAUUCGUUUAAGGAUGAGGGGGUUGUACAGUCAGACUAUGCAGAUCUGUGGCUCCUGAACGAUUUAAAAUCCAGUGACCCAUACCGAUCUUUGUCGAACUCUAGCACAGCAACAGGUACAACUGUCAUUGAAUGCAUCAAGUCACAGGAAAGCUCCGAGUCUCAGACGUCCCAGUCCGACUCCAGAGCCACCACCCCCUCACUUCCAUCAGUGGAGGGAGAGUUCAAGCUCAAGUCUCCAGAGAAGCUGGCAGGCCUGGCCAGCCCAUCCAGCGGCUACUCAAGUCAGUCAGAAACCCCCACCUCCUCCUUCCCCUCCGCCUUCUUUCCUGGACCGCUGUCACCAUCCAGCGGCAAGAGGAAGCCCAAAGUCCCUGAGAGGAAGUCCUCUCUUUCGUCGCUGUCACUGCAGUCGCUGUCCUCCUCCUCGAAGAGAGACCUGGAGCUGCCAGUAAUCCCUCCAACCCACCUCGACUUAAGUGCCCUUCACAGUGUCAGCAGCAACAAGGCUUCAGCGUACAGGACGCAGAUUCAGAUGCUUCACCAAAACAAACAAAAAGCUGCAGUGACAGCCAAACCUGUCGCUGUUCCUAACUCAGAGGUGUUUAACGUCCACCCCAUGUCCAUCACACCCUCAGUGCUGCACUCAGUACAGCUCCGAUCCAUCAAUAAGGAACAUGAAGGAAGCCACGAGGACAAAACAACUUCCAGACUCAAAUGUCCCACUGUGAACUUGACUAGCACUGUUUCCUGUAGUAAAUCUGUAGAGCUCAAGAGUCCCCUGUUACACAACUCACAUCACACGCCCGCCAAGGGGUCGUAUGAGUCAGUGUUUACCUCAAACGAAGAGCUCACAGACGGAGAAGCAGCAUGUCAGAAAGAGAUGAGGAACAAGCAGGCUCCUUUAGAGAGCAUGACGGCAUUCACGCUGCAGUCAGAGCCGUCGUUAGACGUCCCUGAGAGGACCGCAGGUCAUGAAGGAGAGGCAUGCAGAGAGGUAGUAGAAACAGCUGUCUGCAGCUCGCAGUCGGAGCCUUUAGAUCAGCAGAGAACUGAGCCGUCUGAAGAAGAAGCACCAGGUCUCUCUGUUCAGCAAAGUUCACCACAGAGAUCCAACGGUCUUGAUAAAGUGCCUGCUACUGACGGCCAAUCAGAGGCGUUGCAAGAGAGCUCGAUCAGUGAUGACGGGAGCAGAGAUGUGGAACAUGAGUCGUCAGGUGCUUCAGCCGAGAGUGCCUCCCAGGACGGCAAGGAAGAGUCCACAGCAGAGACAGAGGAUUACUUAAGUAAAGCAGACUCUUCACCCAGUGACAACGCAGUGUCCCCUCUGAGUGAUGAGUCAAGGCCAGACGAUGACAGCGUGUUUCUGUCCCCCACCAAGGCUCGGACCACUGAGGAUCUGUUCGCUAUGAUUCACAGGUCCAAAAGGAAAGUGUUGGGCAGGAAGGAUUCCACUGAGCUGAAUGCGAGGAACCGGCUCAGUGCUGCGUUGGGGAACACGCCACCCAGCAGCACCGUGAGCUCCCCCGUCUCACUGGUGUCCCCCUCCUCUGCUGUCACCCCACCAGGCCUGCAUAGAGUCUCCGGUCCCAUCUACAGGAAUGCAAAGAAGUCCAGCACCUCCAACGAGGAAUUCAAACUCCUGUUGCUCAAAAAGGGCAGUCGAUCCGAGUCAAGUUACCGCAUGUCAGCGACAGAGAUCCUCAAGAGCCCCAUCUCUUCUAAAUCUCCUGGAGACUCCCUGAUGGAGUCGCCAAGACAGCCCGAGGAGCCCGCCUCUCCCCUGCAACAUCAGCAGCACCAAUCAGGACCAGAUCAGCUCUCCAGUCCCUAUCCCAAAGCCAACGCUGAGGGCUUCUCCCCGAAAUCCUUCUCCACAUCCGCAGCUUCCAGGCAGGGCCGCUCCAGAAUCCCCCCACCCGCCAACAGCAGCCGAUACGGCAUGCGCAGCAGACUGUACUCAGCGCCCAUGCAGGCGAUCUCUGAGGGCGAGACAGAGAACUCAGACGGGAGUCCUCAUGACGACCGCUCAUCACAGGGCUCCACGUAGGAAACAGAGUAGAGGUGUCGGAAGGUAUGAAAUUAUUUUGUUAGUUUACAGUGGAAAAAAAAAACAAAAUGGACCAGAAUGAGUUCUAAUAUAUAUGAGAUGUGGUGAGGUUAAUGUUAACGUAUGCUGAACAGUAGGGAUUUUGUUUAAGAAAAUAAUCAUGAAUUUACUAAUUGUGGCUGAGUUUUAUAGAUGUUUCCUUUUGGUUAUUCUGUGGAUACUUUAAACACUUUUACCUGUGUUCAAAAAUAUUUUAUACACACAGUAGCUCUAAAGAAAUAUUCUCAUAAUCUGAACACGGAGCAUUAGAAACAGGGAACCAGCUUAGUUAGAAACAUAUAGAAAUCAUAAGCAAAACAUUUUACAGAAAACUACUCUUGGGUUAGUUUGUGGCACAAACACAUACAACUGGUUGCCUUUAGUCCUGCUAUAGUAUAUUAAAGGGAUAGUUUGUCUCUUUUGAAAUAGGGCUGCAUGAGGCACUUAUACGUAGUCAGUGUGUUACCUACAGUAGAUAUCGGUCGGCACACUCCAGGUUGGAGAAGCAGACAGGAGUACUGACACAGAAGCAAAGCAGUGUACUGCUGUGGACAGGGGCAGCAGCAAAACGUAUUUCAGCCACCUAAAAUAUUCAAUGUCAGUUUAAGUGUGCAGUAUUUUUAGAGUCACUGCCAACGGGGGAAUGUUAACAGCUUCACUUUCCCAUCUAUGCUCUCUUCAAAGCCACCAGACUCCAUUGAGAACAACAGUAAUUUAACAUCACUGAACACAGGAGUUGCUGGUCUACUGCUGCCUUGAUCAGUUAGUGUGUUUGUGUUACUGUGUGACCUUGGUGCAUCUGAACUAACCAAAGUCACAAAUUAAC